AUGGCGCCUGGCUAUGACGUCGAUGACGACGGUCCGCCCUACGCUCGCUCCGGAAAUAGAAACGCUUCAAAGUCUGUUUCCACAGGGUCCAUCGACGACGACCUCUUCACGCGGGUCCUGCCACGGGUAGACACGACGGCCAUCGAGACGGCGCGUAUUACCAUUGGCCAAGAGUCCGAAGACAGCGAUGAAGAGCACUCGCGAUCUCAGUUCCGGCGGUCCGUUUCAGAGUCUAGUCUGAUAUUGGGAGUGACCGGAAAGGACUCUGAUGGACUCCGGGACACGGCCUUAGGGAGACAGGAGAGGAACGGGGCAAUGGGUGCCACCGGGAAACCUCACUCAGCGAGGGACAGCACGGAACUCAGUCGUCCCUCCCGCCCUCUGUCGCGGGCAGAUAUCGUCACCCGGGAUUACUCUCCACGCCGGCUCUACACAAAGUCUGACAGGGACACUGUAGCCGUGCCUCCACGCCAAUCUUCUCGACCUGAUCGAGCUAGCAUCGACAGCCCCGAUCGAAUGCUCAGGCGACACGAUUACAACACGCCCCAGCGACCCCCGCGCGCCGACGAGAUCGAGGCCGCAAAGAGACUCUUGGCGCAGGUUGCAGAAGACGAGGAACCCUCCCACCAAGGGGUGGUGGCACCAUCUCCCAGACCGGUCCGCUCGGCAACCCCUCCGCCGAUAGGAGGCCGACGACCGCAUAGGAUUAUCUUUGACGACUCUGAGGACGAAGAGGACCAGCAACAAGAACACGCCGACGAGGAGGACCACGAAUACCACGAGUACCGCCAUGAGACGCGCAAUGGGCAUCGAAGCAUAGCCACGACACCCGUCACUGCCAUUCACAUCCCGACGGAAGAUACCUCCCGGCAGCCCCCGGCGCAUCACCGAUCGUCACAGGCCCGCGGCCGAUCGACCGUCUCGAGAACCUCGUCGCGACAGUCGUCGCUGCCACCUCUGCGAUCCCAAGCAGCCGAGGCCCUCACCGCACACAAGAGAGAGCUCCGGACGCCAGUGCUGGAUCAUCAACGUCUGUACCUGGACGCCGAGCCUCCACCAAUCAGCCAGAGACGCCCCCACCAGUCGUCGCGCGCUGCCCACCGGCAGACGUACAACAAGCAGCAGCAGCAGCAGCAAUACUCGGACAUGGACGAGGAAGCCGAGGAUUACAGCGCGGAAAACGGACUCAACGGCUCGAGUGUGGCGCCGGAUUAUCGACCGCCGACGGUGGCGCGGAGGGCGAUGAGCGAUGACUCGAUGUCCAUCUCGAGGCAGUCGAUGUCGAAGCAGAGCGCAACAAGUAAUGGGUCGUCGAACCGCACUGUUGAUUUCUUCGGGCCUGGUAUUUUCCAGAUUGUUUUGCAUAACCCUACGACCGGACACCAGCUGCUGAAGUUUAGCGAAGCUCGGUUCUGCAGUGAAAGUGUCGAGUUUCUGAAAAAGGUUGAGCAGUACCAAACAGUCCUCAAUGACCUGGCAGGAAUCAUGACGGGCAUCCAUAAGGAGUUCCUAUCCGACGAGUCGUCAAAGCAGAUCAAUGUCAAUGGAGAACUGAGAAAGUCCGUUCGCAGUGACAUGAAGUCAUUGGUCACCAAGACGCUCCCGUCCAUGGAAACACUGUUUACGGAUCUCCAAGAGAGCGUUGAGCAGGAUGUCUUCCUGGACAUUUACCCUCGAUUUGUGCGCUACCAGAUGGGGCUUAGUGCAACGAGGGCGUUGGCUACCAACCGACAUAGUUUUCAAGGACUCGGUGACUGCUUUUGCUUGACGAACCCUGGGCUCGCAGACAAUCCCAUCGUUUUUGCUUCCGAUGGAUUCAUCAAAGUCACCGGUUACUCUCGUCCCGAGAUCAUUCCGCGCAACUGUAGAUUCCUCCAGGGAACGCAUACCGAUCGCGUCCCUGUUCGGCGGCUGAAAAACGCCAUUGACGAGCGAAAGGAGUCGGUUGAACUCAUUCUGAACUACAAGAAAAACGGUGACCCUUUUUGGAACCUGCUUUAUGUCGCUCCGCUGUAUAAUGAAGCCGGGAAAUUGGCCUUCUAUAUUGGCGGCCAGAUCAACUGCUCAACGACAAUCCACAGCAACGCGGAUGUUAUGAAAGUUUUGUCCACAUCUACCAAUGACGACGUCCAAAUUCAAGACAAAAAGGUGCCACCUCCACCACUGUAUCGCGCUGGCUCACAACCGUCCGCCCGGAAAGCCUUCUUGAAAGCCCUCGGAGUCAAGGUCAACGGCGACCAUGCUCCGAAUGGCAUCGCCGUCGACCCGGGCAUGGAGAGCAAACUGCUGCACAAGCUGGAAGGCCGAGACUUGAACGCGCAGAUGAAGGAGUUUUACACUGCUUAUUCGAAAUACUUGAUUGUCAGCUACGACUCCUUCAUUAUCAAAUUCUACUCCGAAGGCGUCCUAGAAAUGCUGCACCCCGCCAAUAACACCGUCGGCCUGGUCGCGGGCCAGGAGGUCUUCCGCUUCUUCAAGCAGAACAUGGUCAAUCACCAGUCCGACUAUAAGACGCGCGUGCGUAACGCCCUUCGUAUCGGGGCGCCCAUUAGCGUCGAAGUCCGCCUCCAGACUCGGCGGAGCGCCUUGUUCCGUGGCGAUGAGAGGUUUGUCACGCACUGGACGCCUUUGAAGGACGAGAAGUCCAUGGUGCACUGGGCCGUCGUCACGUUGGCGCCGGCGAUAGAGUAG